GGAAUAGGGACAAGGAACGGAAGCGGGAAGGGGAGGAGCACGCACCCCUCCCAGCCUUGGUGCGCGCCGCGCCCCCUACCCUCUAGAUACCAAGUAGGGGACGCGCGGGCCGGACGCGCCCAGACGGCCGCGAUGGCGCCAAUGGCCCGCGGGCUUCCCUGGGGCAUGGGCCCCUACCCGGCCUUUCGAGGCUGGGGCGCGGCCGUCUUCGUGUGGCUCUUUCUCAGAACCUUGUGCACAGCCCCAGCCAGCGCCAUCCAGGUGACGGUGUCAGACCCCUACCAUGUGGUGAUCCUAUUCCAGCCCGUGACCCUGCCCUGCACCUACCAAUUGACCACGACCCCUACGGCACCCAUCGUCAUCUGGAAGUACAAGUCUUUCUGCCGGGACCGCAUCGCCGAUGCCUUCUCCCCGACCAGUGCUGACAACCAGCUCAAUGCCCAGCUAGCAGUGGGUAACCCAGGCUACAACCCCUAUGUGGAGUGCCAGGACAGCAUGCGCACUGUCAGGGUUGUGGCCACCAAGCAGGGCAACGCCGUGACCCUGGGAGACUACUACCAGGGCCGAAGGAUCACCAUCACAGGAAAUGCUGACCUGACCUUUGAGCAGACAGGUUGGGGGGACAGUGGCGUGUAUUACUGCUCUGUGGUCUCGGCCCAGGACCUCCAGGGGAACAACGAGGCCUAUGCAGAGCUCAUCGUCCUGGACUGGCUGUUCGUGGUCAUGGUCUGCUUGGCUGCCUUCCUUGUCUUCCUCCUCCUGGGCAUCUGCUGGUGUCAGUGCUGUCCGCACACCUGCUGCUGUUAUGUCCGGUGCCCCUGCUGCCCGGACAGGUGCUGUUGCCCGGAGGCGCUGUAUGCUGCAGGCAAAGCAGCCACCUCAGGCGUCCCAAGCAUCUACGCCCCCAGCACCUAUGCUCACCUCUCCCCUGCCAAGACCCCGCCCCCACCAGCCAUGAUUCCCAUGGGCCCCAUCUACAAUGGGUACCCUGGAGACUUCGACAGGAAUAGCUCAGUUGGCGGCCACAGCUCCCAGGUACCCCUGCUUCGUGACACAGACAGCAGUGUGACCUCUGAAGUCCGCAGUGGCUACAGGAUUCAGGCCAGCCAGCAGGAUGACUCCAUGCGGGUCCUGUACUACAUGGAGAAAGAGCUGGCCAACUUUGACCCUUCUCGACCUGGUGCCCCCAAUGGCCGUGUAGAGCGGGCCAUGAGUGAAGUUACCUCCCUCCACGAGGAUGACUUGAGAUCCCGGCCUUCUCGAGGUCCUGCCCUUACCCCAAUCCGGGAUGAGGAAUGGGGUCGCCACUCCCCUCGAAGUCCCAGACGGUGGGAGCAAGAGCCCCCGGUAGAGCGGCCAGGGAGUGGCUGGGGGGCCGGGCGGCCCCGUGCCCGAUCUGUGGAUGCUCUGGAUGACCUCACCCGGCCGAGCUCUGCUGAAUCUGGGAGGAGGUCUCCCCCAAGUAGGGGGAGGAGAGGUCAAGCCUAUAGACCGCCCAGAAGCCGAAGCCGAGAUGACCUCUAUGAUCAAGAUUACCCAAGGGAAUUUCCACACUCCCGGGAUUCCCACUACGAUGACUUCAGAUCUAGAGACCGCCCUCAUGCUGACCCUAGGUCCCGCCACCACCGCUCCCGGGACCCUCGGGAGGAUGGCUCCAGGUCUGAGGACCCCCAAUAUGAUGGGCGGCUACUGGAAGAGGCCUUGAGGAAAAAGGGGCCAACUGAGAGGAGGAGACCUUACAGAGAGGAAGAUGAGGAGGACGCCUACUACCCUCCAGCGCCUCCCCCUUACUCUGAGACGGACUCCCAGGCCUCACGCGAGCGGAGGCUUAAGAAGAACUUGGCCCUGAGUCGGGAAAGUUUAAUCGUCUGAUCUCACUUUUUCUAUGUACCUUUUGUACUUUUUUUUUUUUUUUAAUUUGAGGGACUUAUUGAUGAUCUUGCCCUCCUAAGUCUAAUAAAACGAUCACAAG